AUGUCGACCUUCUUCCCCAAAUCCUCCUGUGAUGACAUCGGCUGCUCGUGCUGCCUGGACUGCACUAGAGAGGUCAACUGCACAGCUCAGAGAGGUGUGUGUCGCCAGAAUUGCUUAAAUGCAGAAUCGGAACUUCCCAAUGGAUGCACGGGCUUCAACGCAAAUGUUGUGUUCCUCCCCAAAGUAAAUUGCCCGGACACACCUGCCACUUGCAGAGGAAAGUGUGUGGACGACCGAGAGUGUGGUGUCAAUGAUCGUAUUGUGAAUUCCGCUUGUACCGGAGAAUUUUGCACAUGUUGCAUAGACUGUACUGAGCUAACCAACUGUACCGCGGAAAGAGGAGUCUGUCGCCAGACUUGCUUGACAGGAGAAUCAGAAGUUGAGAAUGGAUGUUCAGGCUUCAACUGCAAGUGUUGUAGACCUGCUGAUGAAACGUGCCCGGCCACACCCGCCACCUGCAGGGGAAUGUGUAAGGACAGUAGACGGUGUGCUGCAGCUGACCGUAUUGCCAAUUCAACAUGCACCGGAGAAAAUUGCACGUGCUGCAUAAACUGUACUAUACAAGCAAACUGUCCCGCGGAAAGAGGAGUCUGUCGCCAAACUUUGUUUGUAGACCUGCUGAGGGAAACGUGCCCGGCCACACCCGCCACCUGCAGGGGAAUGUGUAAGGACGAUAGACGGUGUGCUGUAGCUGACCGUAUUGCCAAUUCAACAUGCACCGGAGAAUUUUGCACGUGCUGCAUAAACUGUACUGAGCUAACCAACUGUACCGCGGAAAGAGGAGUCUGUCGCCAAACUUGCUUGACAGGAGAAUCAGAAGUUGAGAAUGGAUGUUCAGGCUUCAACUGCAAGUGUUGUAGACCUGCUGAUGAAACGUGCCCGGCCACACCCGCCACCUGCAGGGGAAUGUGUAAGGACAGUAGACGGUGUGCUGCAGCUGAUCGUAUUGCCAAUUCAACAUGCACCGGAGAAUUUUGCACGUGUUGCAUAAACUGUACUAUACAAGCAAACUGUACCGUGGAAAGAGGAGUCUGUCGCCAAACUUGCUUGACAGGAGAAUCAGAAGUUGAGAAUGGAUGUACAGGCUUCAACUGCAAGUGUUGUAGACCUGCCGAUGAAACGUGCCCGGCCACACCCGCCACCUGCAGGGGAAAGUGUAAGGACGAUAGACGGUGUGCUGUAGCUGACCGUAUUGCCAAUUCAACAUGCACCGGAGAAUUUUGCACGUGCUGCAUAAACUGUAAUGAGCUAACCAACUGUACCGCGGAAAGAGGAGUCUGUCGCCAAACUUGCUUGACAGGAGAAUCAGAAGUUGAGAAUGGAUGUACAGGCUUCAACUGCAAGUGUUGUAGACCUGCUGAUGAAACGUGCCCGGCCACACCCGCCACCUGCAGGGGAAUGUGUAAGGACAGUAGACGGUGUGCUGCAGCUGACCGUAUUGCCAAUUCAACUUGCACCGGAGACUUUUGCAUGUGCUGCAUAGAUUGCACUCCGCUCAACAAUUGCACUGCUCAAAGGGGCGUUUGCAAACAGACUUGCGCACAAGGCGAAACGGAAAUUAACAACGGAUGUUCAGGGUUCGGUUGCAAAUGUUGCUCUCCUCCUCCUGCAACAUGCCCUGCCACAUCCACAUGCCAGGCACAGUGUGUGGAUUCCAGGCAGUGUGAAGCAGCUAACCUCAUAGCUGGUUCAACAUGCACUGGUGAAAACUGGGGUUUGUUGCUUGGGCAAACAUACUCAAAGGAAGCUGUUAAAUCUUGGCCUACGUCUGAAGAAGAGAUCCAUUUCAUCGCCAUCCAGGAGAGAGCACCCUGA